AUGAAGAAUAGAAAAAGAAAGCUGAAGAGGAGAAAAAAUAGCAGUAACCAUUUCCCUAAAUACAACCUAAUACUUCAUUGUAGUAGCCACUAAGUUAAACUUAGAAUACUUAAUCUCGGAACCAAUUUUCUUUUAGUGGACCGAACCCGACUUAGAUAGGAUUAGAAUUAGAUUAAACAUUCAAACACUUUUUCUACUUAACAAUAAAAAUUGCCUGUUCAACAAUUAUAGCAUUCUCAGACUUCUACCAUGUUUGGAUCUUUAUCAUAGUCUCCAAUUCAAACCGAUCCCUUCAAAGAUGGAACUUUUGCUACUCCUUAAACAAACAAAAACUCUCAAACUUAUCUCUAAUCAUCCUCCUAAACUGGUGCAUUUGCUCUUGGGUAAAAGCUUAUACAGCCUCAAUUAAAAUCAAGUACCAAAAUUAUAGGAUCCUAAUAAACUUUGCCUCUUUAGAAUCAACCAAGCAAUUUUUCAUUUUCUUAACCUCAAAUCCAAGCUGACUAAGCUUAAAAUAAAUCAUAGGCAAUUCCCAUAGCUAAAUCUUAAUUAGCUCCUUAGUAAUUAACAUAAUAGUAACAAAUACAACAGUAGAAUAAUACUUAACAAUCAAUUCCACUAAGUUAAUAGCCAAUUUAAGUCUAAAUUUCAUAGUAAGCGAUGGUUAAAAGUAAACAGAAGACUUCUAUCCAAGUUCAAAUCGAAGAUUUUGAAAAGAAGAUGACUGAUCAUUAUAACAAAGAAGUAGUUGAUCUCCUCAAACAAAUAAGAGUUAAUUUGCCUAGUUUAUAAAGCCAUUAUGAUGAUUUGAGAGCAAAUAACGUCAAAAUGGACAUACUUUAUUAAUAGCUAAGAAAAUUUGAAAUUUACAAAGAGGAUUUCGGGUUACAGUUCCAUGAAGGUCAAAGACUGAAAGAUCUUCUUGUUCUUGAUGAUUUUAGAGAGGACAAAAAGCUGUAAUUUACUAAAGCACAAAAGUAUAAGCUUGCGACCAUUGAUGAUAAGUCCUUAGAUAUUCUUGAAAGAAUAAAGUCUUAGGAGGAAAAAUCAUCGAAUUCAUAUGAACUCAAUGAGCCAAUUCAAAGAUUGAGUAAAAGAGUUAUAUCCCAGUAAUCAAAUGCUUUGAAAUAAUAACCUUAAAAUAAUCUUCGAUACAAAUUUUUAUCUAGAGGUGAUAAUACAAAGGGAAUCAAUAGUAAUAGUAAUUUAAAAAUGAAUGAUCCUCAACAAAAUCUAGAGAUUGUGAAGGAUCUCUUUGAAAUCAAGAAAAAUAGCAUAAAUGAAACUAUUCAAAGCUCCAGAAUCAAACAACAGGAAUAUUUUAAGCAGGUUUAAGAGAAUUCUGAGAAGACUAGCCAAAUUAGGAUCGAUACUAACCUAAAAAUAUGCAUCAACAACUAAUCUAUAAAAUAGCUAACUCAGAAAAUCAAUUAUUGUAAUAGCAAACUCUAUAAAGACUAAUGA